AUGGAUGAAAGUUGGAAAAACUGCUUCGAAGAGGAGCUUCUGUGUCCCAUUUGCCUGAAUGUCUUUGAUGAACCCAUUCAGCUGCCAUGCAAGCACAACUUCUGCAGGGGUUGCAUCUCUGAGGCUUGGGCCAAAGACAACGCUGCGGUCCGCUGUCCCGAAUGCAACCAUGACUACGAGCAGAAACCCACGCUGGAGAAGAACUUUAAGCUUGCCAACAUAGUGAAGCGGUUUAACGCAUUGAACACUGAGAAAGUCCCUGCUGUGCUGCACUGUGUCCUCUGCAGACGAGGCCCCCCUCUGCCUGUGCGGAAGGUCUGUCUGCGCUGUAAGGAGCCCUGCUGCCAAACUCAUAUCCAGACACACCUACAGCAGCCGUGUGCAGCCCCGGGACACCUGUUAGUUGAUGCUGAGGAGCUGAGUGCUUGGACCUGUCCCAGUCAUGAGGAGUACAGGCUUCUCCACUGUGAGGAAGAGCAGGUGGCUCUGUGUCCGUUCUGCUGUAUCUCUCACUGCACUAACCAAAGACACACAGUCUGCGAUGUGGAUACGCAACGCAUACAAAUGCAGGCCAUGCUAAUGAGGCAGCAAGGCAGACUGGAUGGUCGUGUUCAGAACAUCGAUGAGCAGCUCACCAAGCUGGAGUCAGACAAGACACUGAUGAAGGAUGCAGUGUCUGAACUGAAGGAGCGUGUGAGAGCUCAGUAUCAGAGGAUGCAUGCGCUGCUAGAAGCGAACCAGGCUGAAACCCUGCAGAUGCUGGAGAGCUCCUACACCAUGUAUGUGAGGAAAAACUCCCAGCAGGUUUUGCAGCUCAACGAGAAGCGCCAGGAAGCAGAAAAACUCCUGAGCUCAGUACAAAUGUUCUUCAAAAGAGCAGACGGCAUUAACUUCAUGAAGAACACAAAACCUUACCAGCUGCUAAUGGACAGGUCAAACUCGCACAUAAGUAGUGCUAUCCCUCCAUUCAGAGUGGGCCAGCUCAACUCUAAUCAUUUGCUAUCUGAACUUUCAACAAGAGAAAAGAACAUGCGAAAAAUGCUGGAAGAACCAUUCAAUGAGGCGCCUAUUGUUGAGGUUGUCCAGUCUCACAGCAGCUCUGCUGGCUCCCAUAUGGGGACUGCUUCAGGACUACAGAAGAGGAAAUAUGGCAUGGCGUUUCUGGAGAGUAACACAGCAAACUCCACCUCCCACGAUCCUCCACCAUUGCUCUACAGCAGCAAAAAACCCUUCCUGGCUGAUCAGAGCCAUCAUGCUUCAUCCAUAUAUUCCUCUGAAGGCCUCUCCCAGAAUCCUCACGACGGCCCCGGCCAUAGCCGACUCCUUGACACUGCAGCCCAUCACAUGGUGGGUCUAGGGUCCAGUUCUAGCCACCACUCAGGGACCAUAUUCCCCUCCUCCCAUUUCUCCAGUGGAGGUGCCUCGCAACAAGCCAUGUACGAAGGGAGGAAAGUACUGAUGUGCACUCUGAAUAACUGCUGCUGCUCCAGGGCCCCCGCUGCUCGUGCCCGGCCUCCGUAUCCAGCAUUGGACUCCUUCCCCUCCAUGACCUCUCAGGAGUUUCCCCCACAUGCCACGCUACCUGCAAGCCAACCACUGCAGCAUUUUCCCAUGAGGGGACUGAUGGAAGCCUCCCAGGCAGCCAGACACCCUGACUUCUACGGCCUGUACGGCCAGUCUUCAACCAAGCAUUAUGGGACCAAGUAAUAUACCAGAAUCAGCAUUUGUUCCGUUUUUAUGAAAUCAGAAUUUCCAUGUUUGCUUUUUGUUCUUUUCCAUUUUGGUUCAGUUUGUGUCUGCAACACGCCUUCAUGAUAAUGUCAUUUACUUGAACCCAUGCCCUGUUAAUGUUGGUAUCCUGUUUAUUUCCUAAAUCACAGUGACAGUAAUAAUGUUCUAAUUUUCAAAACGGAGUUAGUAUUUUUAUUUAUUUUCUGUUUCAAUUUGACUGGAAGUGCUAAUGUGAAUAAUGUAGUCUUAAAUCCAUUCAAGCGGUGAACUAAAGAAACAACAUAUCCUUCAUCACGGGUCCUGACAUAGGACACCAGAGACUUCAGUGCCUAAAAAGACUGUUAACAUGCUCUUAUUGUACUUGCCAGUUCCUAGCUCUUGAUUAUUUCCUGUUUGUGGCUGAAAGCAUGCAGGGAGCCUCUCCAUGCACUCCAAAGUCCAUGUGGCUUUAAAAACACACUGGACUCCAAAUGCUUGUCAGGUUUUUCAUGAAUUUUUAUACAAGAUUAUGAAUAAACCAAAAUCAGUGGAAAAUAUUGAAUAAACAAGCAUAUUA